AUGUUCGGCUCUGACCAGGGCCCUUGGAACCACACCUUCCGUAUCGAACACAAGCUCGGACCGCGUCUCCGCGUCGUCGGCGUGAUUGACCCCGACACCGCCCGCGCCGAGCGUGUGCUCAGGAAGAAGUGCGAGUCGUUCGUGAAGCCGGCAUACGAGGGCGCGGUCGUGUACUCGAGCCUGGACGACUACUACAACAAGAAGACCGAGGCGGGCCUCCCCGACCCCCGCGCGUUCUUUGUCGGCACCCCGCCCAAGUUCCGUGGCGGCGCCGAGCCGGGCCACAACGACCUCGAGCUCCAGAUGAUCAAGUACUUCCCCAACGUGGCGUACUUUAUCGAGAAGCCCGUUUCCACUGCACCCCUCUCGGAGGUCAACGAUGUCGUCCAGGCGCUCAAGAAGAACGGCAACAUCAUCUCGGUCGGAUACAUGCUCCGCUACCUCCGCGCGGUGCAGAAGAUGAAGCAGAUCAUCCACGACAACAGGCUGACCUCUGCCGCGUACCCCUCCAUCGCCAAGCCGGCGUGGUGGAACAAGGCCUUCGACCAGGGCCCCGUCAUCGAGCAGGGCACGCACUUCUGUGACCUGUCGCGCUACUUUGGCGGCGACGUGGACCUGGACAGCGUAAAGGCGCACUCGGUCGAGUGGUACGAGAAGCCCGGCGUGCUCUCGCGUAUUCCCGUCGACGAGUCGAUCGUGCCCGAGGACCAGCGUAUCCCGCGCAUCUCGGCCGCUGUGUGGAAGUAUGACAACGGCGCAGUCGGCUCGUUCAUGCACACAGUCGCGAUCCACGGCACGGCGUACGACUGCGAGCUCGAGGUCUGGGCAGACGGGUACCACAUGCACCUCGUCGACCCUUACAAUGCGCCGACGCUCGUGAUCCGCAGGCCCGGAGACGACCACGAGGAGCGCCACGCAUUCACGGACGACGACCCGUUCUUCUCCGAGAUCUCCAACUUUAUCGACGCCGUCGAGGGAGAGGGCAACCCGCACAUUCUCUCUUCGUACGAGGACGCGGCCAAGACGUACGCCCUCACCUGGGAAAUCCGCACGCGCACCGAGAAGAGCAGGCGUGUCGUCCCCGCGCCCUAA